AGUAUUGGAAAUGUCAGUGAUUCAUAAGACAUUCUGUGGUGUCAUGCGAAGAAUGUGACUGUUGAUGCUAUCAUAUUGCCGGACGGACGAGAUGUCAGUUCUACAGCGGAAAUCUACGAGCUGUAGAUGUUAUGUAGAAGCUGUGCUUUCAGUUCUUCACUUCUGGGAGAUUCAGCUUUUCAAAAUAGCACCCACUUAAUGCUCAAAUGGAUCCGCUUUGCGUUACGAAAGUGGAUAUUUGGCAGCACAAGUUUUUUGGGAAAGAAUGGAAAUCAUAUCUAGCAGCAGUAUUUGCCGAAAGCGAGUUUGGCAGAGCCAGGGUUGAACUUUUCAGUUCCCCGAAGAAAAUGAAGGCUUUAACACCGAACAAGACUAUUUUGCUAGAUCAGUGCGUGGCUCUAAAAUCGCUUAGAAACGGAGAAGAACAUCCCAAUAUUCGUCUCCAGAUGAAAGACGAUUCAGAAAUCCGCGUCAGAUGUGAGCAACAUUCUCAAUUGAUGAACUGCCUGAGCACAGCUGCUUUUCCUAAAAAGUAUGUAACUAUUGCACCAAGCACCUCUAUGGAAUCUUCUUCAUCUGAAAAUGAUGACACACAAUUUUACGAUGAAUAUCCUGUACUGCUUGUACCUUCGACUUUGACUGCAAAGCGAAAUCUGGCUGAAGGCAACUACUCACUUCGGUUUUCCAAAGAAGAUCUCUCGUUAAUUCAUGGAAAUGCUCAAAUUCAACACUUCCCAUAUAACGAUAUAUCAUGGGUUGCUGCAGGAGAAAAUUCGUUGGGAUUAGCUAUCGAAAACUGUGGUGUUUACGAAUUUAUCUGUGAUCAACCUCUCUUAAUAAUAGACCACAUGAGAAACUAUAUAAGAUUCAAGAAUUCGUUUCCUGCUGUGAGACUAAGCACAAAAAGGAAGUAUAAUCGUUUCUAUCACCAGGCUCGCGAAUUCGCCACCAGUGGAUCGGAUCUGAGCCAUGCUUCAACAAUCGAAAGCCAUGGAUCAUCAAAAGCGAGCGUUAUGCACAGUGAACAUCAUCUUCCUCCAGUCAUUGAAGAACUUGAAAAGACGCAUGUUAAAGAAGAAAACGUUGCGCAAAAACCUCCUAGAGGAAAGUCGAAAGAAGGAGUUCUGUCUGGUCUAUUCCGAAUUAACUCGAAGAAAAAGCCGGUCAAAGGAGCUCGUACAGAUUUUGAAGAAAAUGCUGAUAGCGAAUGGCUGAGGCUACCGGUACCUCCAAAAGCUUUGAAUGGAGUCGAGCAAAAUGGACAACGAAUAGAUGAUUUGUCUGAAGAUGAUCAUCGAAUUUUUGGAGCUAAAGCACAUUUUGGAAGCGCUGAGGCCGUGCAGAAGCAGCAAGAGUUCUCCUCUAGGCACCGACGAAUUAGUUCAGCUGGUGUAGGAAGAUAAAGAUGAAGAAUUUCAAGCAAAGAUUUACUAUCCAUGCUUAUAUAAUAAAAGAUUCUAUCAUAUCACUGCUUAUUGACUGAUUGACAUACUGCUAUAGCUUUUACUGAAUAUCCUACCCCUAUUGCUCAAAAAAGAUGAAGUAUGAAAAGC